AUGUUCUCCUCAGGCGUAUUUCAAAUGAAUGCAGCUGUUACGAAGAUAUGGUUGAGAGAUAGCAGCAUGGCAACAAUAUCAGAAACAGUAAAAUCGAUCGCAUCGUCAACAAAAUAUAACGAGAACGAAUAUGAUAAAUUAAUAAAUCGAACAUAUUCAACAGUCAUACUGCUUUGCGUAGUGUUUAUUAUAUCAUCCAACACAUUAUUCGGAGCACAAAUUCAAUGUUAUUCAAAGGAAUUGCCGGAUAAGAUGUCUGUAAAUUAUUUAAAUAGUGAAUAUUGGCUGACUAAAACUGGUUAUUUGUUUAUCAAACUAUUGAAUUUGAUCAAUAUUGUCGGUCAAUUACUAUUAUUACACAUCUUAUUCGGCAUUCGGUUAUGUACUUUGGAUUGGCACACGAAAAAUUUUCCUACAAAAUUUUAUUGUCUCGUUGAAACAGAACGGGCUGGUAAGUACUCCUUAACAACGUGAUAGUAGUUCUGCUUCACAGAUAUCCAGAUCCAAGAAAACGGCACCGUUAAUGGUAAAUUAACGUGCCGUAAACGGACCGUUUUCAGAUCCUAAAACUCGUAACGUUUUAGGGUCUUAAAUAGAUCGUUUUCUAAACGUUUUCUUACCAUUUACUGGCCGUUUUUUUGUCGUUUUGUGAACCUUAACGGGCCGAUUUUUAGAAGUUAUAUUAACUCCUAAAAAAUUUUCCUCCAGCUUCGUGAUAUUGACUUAUCGUUCGAAUCUACCCUUUCUUACUAAUCCACCUAAUCUAGGUACUAGACUAUACAGGCCCUUAAUAGCUAGUUAACGGAUAGUUUUUAGGCCGUUUUUUGGGACUUUAUGCUAAAGUGAUUUUAGAAUGAUUUUCCAACGUUUCAUGACACAUAGAGUACUUCAGGGUAAUUAGAGACACUCUUGGAAACUUUCGUUCUGGUUUUGCCAUUUCUCGGCCUUUUUGGUCGGAAAAGCAGGCUACUGAACACGGUGGUAGACCGAACAUUUUCUACACGCUCACGUAAAAGUCUUGAUGAAGAAAGUGUCCGGCUUUUUCCGGAUCACGGCGCCAAUUUGUGAGCGUCGUUUAAGCGACGUCCCGACUUCUGCAACAGUCUGACUAACUUCUGUGAGCUAACUUAAGUAUAUUUAAGUUAACUUUAUUAUAUUUUAUUUAUUUUUGGUUUAAGAUUUUCUUCUCUUUUUCUUUAUUUAAAAAAAAGAAAAAACUUAAAAUAAGAUUUUAAAAUUAUUUACAAAUUUCGAAAGAAAAGGUUACAAGUCAAUUUUUGUAGCCUAGAAACAAUAUAUUAUGUUCAAUUCACAAACAUUGUCAAUAGUAUUAAUUAUCGGUAGGAAAUUAAUAUAAUUGACAUUGUCGAGUGAACGAAUUUUCUUUCUUUCGUAUUUCUAGCGCGUAUAUUUUUAGAAUACGAAAGUCGGAGGUGAUGUAAUUUGAAAAACUGAUUUCAUCAACAAGUGUGGCGUACAAUUUAAACAGUUGUGAAAUACGCAGAAAAAACUAACUGCAGCCGUUUUACAUAUUUUUAUCUGCUAUACUCUUUUUACUAGUUAUAACUUCGAGCCUAACAGCUGUAGUUCGAAGAUUACAGUAAAGGAAUAGUAACGGGCUUCGAGACCGUUACAUCACCUCCCCGCCAAUGAUGAAAAGAUUCGUCCU